AUUCGUGAUCACUCAAAAAAAAAAAAAAAAAAAAGAAAGGAAAAAGGGGCCUUGUAUCAGUUUCCGGCCCAUGAUCUUCUAGGCUGUAGAGUGCCGAUUAUUGUCGGAAUUGAACUAUUGGAUUCUUGUCCGCUAUCAGUGUUUGGGUAGCACUAGAACUGAUGUUUUGGCUAACAGAGUUACAGAAGUCACUCGAAACGUUCCUGUUCUUAUAUCCUGAGAGCAAUGGAGUUUUUAGAAGAUAAUUGAUGAUUCGGAUUCCCGCUCUUAUUAUAAAGCACAGGAGAAAACUCCUCGUUUCAUUUUGAUGAGACUUUCUUCCUUUAAGAGCAUUUAUUUUUGAUCAGUUUUCAAGUGAGACUAAUCUUAGAAGAAAAAAAAGAUCAUGAAGUUGGUUUUUGUACUGAAUAUGCUGGCGUCUCUGCAUUCUUUUGUUGCAUCCACUGAUCAAGUUGGCGUGCUAAUAAACUUGAAGCUUACACUUAAAGCUUCUAAUAAUCAGCUUUCUGAUUGGAACCAAAAUCAAGUCAGUCCAUGUAACUGGAAUUAUAUCAACUGUGAUGGUGAUGAUGUUGUGCAAAUAUCAUUUCCUUCUAUUGGGUUCUCUGGAACCUUGUCCCCAAGAAUUGGAGAACUGUCAUAUCUUAAAGGACUGUCGUUCCCAGGUAACACUAUAACUGGCAAAAUUCCUGAGGAGUUUGGAAAUUUGUCAAGAUUGACAGAUCUGAAUUUGGAAAAUAACCACUUGAGUGGAGAGAUACCAGAGACUCUUGGCAAGCUGACUAGACUUGAAAAUUUCAGGAUUUUGAGUCAAAAUGACCUCAAUGGAAGUAUUCCUGAUUCUCUUUCAAAUCUCGCAAACUUAUCUGACAUUUGUCUUGCAUUCAAUGAUCUAAGUGGUCCGAUCCCCGACCGACUAUUUAAAGUUGCUAGAUACAAUUUUACUGGUAACCAUCUAAAUUGUGGCACAAACUUGCAUCCUUGUGUGUCCAUUGUAUCUGCUAAAAAAGGAUCCAAUCAUGUAAAGGUGGGAGUGGUGCUUGGAAGUAUUGGAGUAAUAGUACUUCUUCUUGCAGGAGUUCUAUAUCUUAAGUGGAAGAGUAGGAUGAAAAGUCAUCAAAAUGAAGUUUUUGUUGAUGUCGCAGGGCAAAAUGAUCCUAAAAUUGCAUUUGGACAACUGAAAAGAUUUGGAUGGCGUGAACUACAAAUAGCAACAGAGAGCUUCAAUGAGAGAAAUGUUCUUGGGAAGGGAGGUUUCGGGAAGGUAUACAAGGGAAUGCUUGCCGAUGAUACAAAAAUUGCAGUAAAACGGCUGACCAAUUAUGAAAGUCCCGGAGGGGAAGCUGCUUUUUUGCAUGAAGUUGAGUUGAUAAGUGUGGCUGUUCACAGAAAUCUUCUAAGGUUAAUUGGGUAUUGUACGACACCAUCGGAACGGCUUCUAGUCUAUCCUUUUAUGCCAAACCUAAGUGUUGCCUACCGUUUACGAGAAAUUAAACCUAAUGAGCCAGUACUAGACUGGCCUACAAGAAAGCGAGUGGCAUUGGGCACAGCUCGAGGAUUAGAGUACCUUCAUGAACAUUGCAAUCCCAAGAUUAUUCAUCGUGAUGUUAAAGCUGCUAAUGUCUUGCUUGAUGAGGAUUUUGAGCCAGUUGUUGGAGAUUUCGGCCUGGCAAAAGUGGUGGAUAUCACAAAGACUUCUGUGACAACUCGAGUUUGUGGCACCAUGGGUCAUAUAGCACCUGAAUAUUUGUCAACUGGAAAGUCAUCCGAGAAGAGUGAUGUUUUCAGCUAUGGGAUUAUGCUCCUUGAACUUGUUACAAGACAACGUGCUGUAGACUUUUCACGCUCGGAGGGUGAAAGUGAAGUGUUACUGCUUGACCAUGUUAGGAAACUUGUGCAGGAAGAGCGGCUUGAUGCCAUUGUCGACCGCAAUCUAAAGAAGAACUAUGACAUCAAAGAUGUAAAGAUGUUAGUCCGGGUUGCACUGCUCUGCACACAAUCAUUGCCAGAGGACCGUCCAGCUAUGUCAGAAGUAGUUCGGUUGCUGGAAGGGGAGGGCCUGGCUGAGCGGUGGGAGGAGAUGCAGCAUACUGAGCUUGCUCGGAGACAACAAUAUGAGAGGUUACACAGUAGAUUAAAUUGGGCUGAUGACUCGGUCUGCAACCAAGAAGCUAUUUCAUUGUCUGGUGGAAGAUAAGAUAACCCAAUUUGUAAUCUCUAAUGUUUUAGGAUAGAAAGGUCAUGUUCGAACUCAUAGAUUAUUUUUCUUUUCAGUAAAGAUUUGGUUCUGAGCAUGGUAGUUGUAAAUUUUGAUGGCUCCUUUCUUAAUCAAAAACACCAGGGUUUACCUUGUUUC